GCGCCUACCCUCGUUCGCUUUGCCCACGCUCAUGCACAAGAAUCAUUUGAGCAAUUCUCCGCCCGCUACGUUUCCUUUUUCCAGAAUGCCGAAGACUUGUUUGAGCUCCAACGUGGGCUUAACAAUUGCUUUGCCCAUGAUCUAGUUCCUAGUCCAGAGGUUAUCGAGGCUGCGGUGAAGGCCGCCAGGAGAGUGAACGACUACUCCACUGCCGUCCGGAUUUUUGAGGGUAUAAAGGAGAAGGUAGAGAACAAAGUUCAGUAUGAGGCGUAUUUGACAGAAUUAAAAGGGCUGAGGGAAGAGCUGGGU